CUGACAACCUGGCAGGAACCAGCUGGCAGAAGCUUCUGUGGCUAUUGAGUUGCAGGUGCGUCUGCAGGGAGGACAUUUCAGGCUCCUUUCCUGGUUGCUGAACACAAGUCCGUCUCCCAUCGCAGGGGUCCUCUGAGAGGGAGGAACAAACCUACAGGAAACAGUAAGGCUCUAGAGACAUACAAACACAUAGAGAAGAUGCUGAGUGAUCUGGGGAGACGCCGUGAGAUGGAAGGAGAGGCUGUGCUGAAGGCUGAGUUUCCCAGAGGAAGCAGUGGCUCAUUGGCAGCCUCUGCUGCAGGAAGGGAGGCGCUGCCAGGCACAGUCACAGGAGAUUGGGACCGUGACUUGAAGCGUUUGGAAAGAGUGAUAAACCACGGUUUAAGGAUCUUGAAGUCUGGUGAAGCUGAACGUGAGGAUGAAGAGGAUCUGGAUUCCCAACCCAUACCCAUUACUGAGCCUCUGGGAGAUGGUGAGGGUGUGGCUGCAGAGAAGACUUUCUCAGGUCCUUUGGUGCAUGUUGCUCGCAAGCCCAGCUUCCAUCGCAGGGGUCCCCUGAGAGGAAAGAACAAACAUAUAGGAAGGAGUAAAUCCAGGGAGGAAUCAAAACAUCUUGAAGAAAUCCUGAGUGAUCUGGAGAGACAGCAUGAUGCAGCUGGCACCUCAACACGUGCUGACAAAAUCUGGAAAAGCAUGAGAAGAGAUUUCUGCCGGGGAACAUCUUGUUUGAUGAAGUUGAUGGUCAUUGUGGCUGGUGCAGCACUUGGCCUGAUGAUGUGCUCUGUCGGAAUCUGGUAUUGCUGGAACAGAAAAUGGUGCUGCUGUGCAUCUCCAGGAGACGAGCCUAACAACUCCGGCAGAGAGAACUUGACCUGUGUUUCCCAGCUCUUCAC